AUGACAUCUGUCUUUCGGAAUGGCCGGAUCUUUGCACCGAACCAACAUGGCGAAUUUGCCGAGGCUAUGAUCAUCAAAGAUGGCCACAUUUCUUACGUGGGCUCCCUCGAUAAAGCAGACAUACCCAGAGACGCGAAUCUCGUGGACUUGCAAGACCGGGUUGUGAUCCCCGGCUUCAUCGAUGCGCACGUGCACGUCUUACACUACGGCGCAUCGAUUCAAAAAUUGAACCUUAUCGCAUGCACCUCUCUUGACCAGAUUCGCGAAGCAAUCCAAGCGUUCGCCAAAUCAAACCCUGCACUGCCCCGAAUCCUAUGUCAAGGAUGGAUUCAGUCGUCUACGCAUGGCGUGGCCCUUGCUGGUAUGAUCGACGACCUCGAUUCCAGGCCAAUUUACAUCGACGCUUUCGAUCUCCACUCCAUGUGGUGCAAUUCCGCCGCUCUGGAAGAAAUGAAAGUCCACGAUGCACCUGACUACCCCGGUGGCACCAUUCAUCGUGAUGAGAAUGGGAGAGCAACCGGUCUUCUCGACGAGUCUGCGCUGAUGAAUCAUGCAUGGCCUUUUGUCGAGAGUCUGUACUCCAAGGAAGAUCGACUAAGCCACCUGGACUCAGCGAUUGCAGCUUACAGCGCCGCUGGAUAUACCGGCAUUGUCGAUAUGGCUAUGGAUGAUAGCUCGUGGGAGCUCUUGAAUGAGUAUCGACGGAAGAAGCACAUCCCCUUCCAUAUCGCUGCUCACUGGCUGAUUCCUUUCGAAAAUGACAAAGAGGCUCACUUCCGAUAUGUAGAUCGUGCAGCUGAACUCCGAGACAAGCAUAACACCCCCGAUUUCACUGUGGUGGGUUGCAAAUUCAUAUGCGACGGCGUGGUAGACGGCUGCACUGCUGCUCUGCUCCAACCAUAUACCGGCAAAUCGGAUCUCGUGGAGCCUAUUUGGCCAGAGGCUAUGCUGAAAGAUGCCGUGGAGCGGGCGGAUAAGGCCAAACUGCAGUGUGCAAUCCACGCAAUUGGAGAUAGAGCUAUUCGUCAAGCAAUUGAUGUGUUGUCACAAGUUGGUACCCCUGGUGCGCGACAUAGAAUUGAGCAUCUGGAAAUGACCACCUCAGAGGAUGCCAGGCGGCUUGGAAAGCUAGGCAUCACGGCUUCGGUGCAGCCGGUGCAUUCUGACCCGAAACUUUUCAAGGCUUGGCCGGGUCUAGUUGGACAUGACCGAUGCAAGCGAGCUUUUGCUUACAAGGACUUUCUUGACGGGGGCGCUCCUCUUGCCAUUGGAACAGAUGCUCCAACUGCACGCCAUUUCCCGUUCCCUAACCUGUAUAACGCGACUACCAGGCGCUCUGCCCUGGAACCAGACACCACGGAUACCGUCAACGAGCACUUUGGUAUUAGCUUGGCGCAGGCAGCUACUGCUGCCACGACGGGAGCCGCAUACGCUCGAUUUGCUGAUUCUUGGACUGGCAGUCUUGAAGCGGGUCUGAGUGCAGACUUCAUUGUAGUCGAUAUGCAGUGGUCGCCAGAUAAAUUACUUGAAGCAAAGGUUUGUGAGACUUGGUAUAAGGGAGAAAGAGUAUUUGAUUCAACUUCGCGUCAUGCUUCAUGA